AUGCAUACAAACAAAUAUCUAAAUAACAAAACGUCAUACAAUUCAUCAACAUCGUCAUCAUCAUCACCACCACCAACAACAUCAUCGCCCUUAACCUCAUUAACGUCAUCAUCAUUAUCUCCAUCAUCAUCGACAACAUUUGAUGUCGAUCAUUCACAUCCAUAUCAGCGCAGCCAUUAUUUAUCGCAACAUUCCUCAUACCAUUCUCAUCAUCCAACAACACCAACAAACAGUAACAGCAACAACAACAACCAUUCAUCGUUUGCCUCCUCGAUUGAUUUAGAACCAUACCUAGAAGCCAUGGAGGCACGUUCAAUGCAGCGUCACCCGGAAACAGAUGUCUGGGAAGAAUUGCAGCGCAAAGAAUCGGACAUUUUGCUGGCCGCUGAACUGGGCAAGGCAUUGCUCGAAAAGAACCAGGAACUGGUGAAGCAGCAUGAAAAGCUAAUUGAAGAGAAUUCCAUUAAAAUAGAGAAAUUAGAACAAGAGAAACAUGUUCUGCGACAAAAACUGGCCAUUGCAGAAGAAGAAAGCGAGCAGCGUGUGCUGGAAUAUCAAACAGAUCUCAAUGAACUCAAAGACAAAUUGCAGGCUCAGGAAAUCGCAAUACGUCAAGCUGAAAAAGAAAAGACCUUGAUAAUCGAAGAAUUAACAAGUCAAAAUGCCCGUUUAACGGAACAAAUACAAGAGGCACACAAUACGGAAAUGAAGCUAAUGUCACAAAUCCAAGAACUAAAAGAUCAGUAUCAAUAUCGGAAUACUAGUUUACAGGAACAUGUCAAUAGUCUGGAAUCGAUAAAAACGGAAUUAAAUCUAACCACAGAAAAACGCCAUGAACUGGAGAAACGUCUACAACAAGUACAAGAGGAAAAACAAAAUCUAGCCGCUGCUCUGGAAGAAUCAUCAGAUCGUAUUCACAUGCUGGAGCGACAUGCCCGUGAACAGGAAACUAAACUAGAGACUACCUUACAAGCAUUGGAAAGAGCGACCAGAGAAAACAAUGUACUCAGUGAACGUUUGGGAGCGGACUCCUAUUCUGCAACGACGGGUAAAAAAUCCCUACAAUUUGAAAUGGAAUGUGAUGAAGAUGAGGCCAAUUUCUCCGAAGAUGGUAAACCCUCACAAAUAUGGGUAGAAUCUCGUUCCGUGUAUAUACAAUUAAAAUCAUUGGUAGAUUCAUUGAAAAUCAGUCACGACGAUGAUUCAGGUUUAAAUUCGGACAUAUCGUUGGAUUUGGAAUCUAUGGAUAAUACCAUAUCGUCGACAAGCGAUGUCGGUGGCAAUAAUAGUGGCAUGGACGGUAAUGGCAAUGGCCAUCCCAUCAAUUUCCGUCCAGGUAUGUUGUCGGCAAUGUCCGAUGAAUUGACACGCUUGCUACUGAAUUUGGAUGCGGGCAAUUUCAAAAAAAUGUUGGAUCAAACACGUAAUUUGGUCUUAGAGCAAGAGGAUGAAAUAAAACGAUCUCAUCAACUGAUACAACAGCUGGAAGCUAAGUGCGCUGUCACCGACGUUGAAUUACAAAAUGUCAAAGAAGAAAGAGAUCAGGCCCGUAGCGAUUUGGUCGACAACUCCGACCGCGAUGAAUUAUUGGCCAAAGCCCAAAAAGAACGUGAUAAUGCCAAUGAAAGGCGCACCAAGGCCGAAGUUGAAUUGGCCAAGACCCGUGUUGAACUCAUGCAAGCCAAUUCACAAUUAUUGGAAUCCAUUCAACAGAAGGUUGAAUUGUCACAACAAUUGGAACAGUGGCAGAUGGAUAUGCAAGAAUUGAUCGAAGAACAAAUGCGUUCGAAAAUGAUCAACAAUCGCAAAAGCCAACAGACCCAGCCACAGACCAACAAUGCCAGUGGAGCCAGCAAUUUGGCCAAACGUUUGUCCAACUACAAAUUGUGGAGCCUUUUUCAACGGUAAUCUGAUGUCGUUGAAGUGGUGGCGCUAUGCGUCCUUAAUUUUAAUCAUGUAAAAGCUUUCAAACGUUUAUUAAAUUGAGUUUAAUCUUUAUUAUUAUAUA